CGGCCAUUUUCUAGAAGGCAUCAGUGUGUCAAAUAGUAGUCCAAUAUGAAUCGCCUAAUUCACUAUCUUUGCUUGCUCUGUUUUCUUUCGUUUAGCCAAGCCCUAUAUUUCCACAUAGGUGAAACAGAAAGAAAAUGUUUUAUAGAAGAAAUACCUGACGAAACUAUGGUUAUCGGUAACUACAAGACACAGUUAUUUGACAAAAAUGUUAACGAUUAUUUGCCAUCAAGUCCCGGUGUUGGAAUGCACGUUGAGGUCAAGGACCCUGAUGGCAAACUUUUAUUAUCGAAAGUUUAUAGUUCAGAAGGUAGAUUUACUUUCACGUCGCAUACACCUGGUGAACACGUCAUCUGCCUUUAUUCAAAUUCUACAAAAUGGUCAAUGUUUGCAGGUGGGAAACUGCGAGUACAUUUAGAUAUUCAAGUUGGUGAACACGCUAACGAUUACCAAACCAUAGCAGAGAAAGAUAAAUUAACAGAAUUACAGCUGAGAGUACGACAGUUGUUGGAUCAAGUAGAGCAGAUCACAAAAGAACAGAAUUAUCAAAGAUAUCGUGAAGAGCGCUUCCGUCAAACCAGUGAGAGUACCAAUCAACGUGUAUUAUGGUGGUCAAUUGCACAAACUCUUAUCUUAACAUUAACAGGAUUCUGGCAGAUGAGACAUCUAAAAGGAUUCUUUGAAGCCAAGAAACUUGUCUGAAAGAUUUAUAGAUCCCAGUUGUGGGUUGGAUUUGGUGGUUGGGGUUGGGGUCCAUUAGUAGUAGGUGUUGGACAGCUGUACAUGCAGUAAUAAACGAUUUGGUAAUUUUAGAAGGGGGUUGGGGGGGGAUCCGUUGAGAUGUGUGAAGUGGCCAAUUGGAUCUGUCAGUUUCCAUCUUCCAUACUAUAGAGGUAUUGUCCUAUUACACAUAGGUCCCAAGUAAAGUCUUUCUAAAAUUUUCAAGACCAAGUGAGUUUCAUUUAAUAUGUGUAUUUUCUAAAAAAAAAAAAAAUUCCCCAAUUUGAGCAGCAGAAAUAUACACUUCUUAUAUGCAAAUGAAUCCUGCAUGCUGCAUUGAUUCUACAGAGCAAGUCAAUAAGGUUGAUUACUGCCGUGUGGAUCUCUGUAUUCGCCAGUGUCUAUGGAUGUUCAAUCAGACGUACCAAAGUAUAGUUUGUUAUGAGUUCAUGAAUCUUGCUUCUGUGGGCAUGUAUAUACCGGUACAUGCCAUUUAACUGUGUGUGCAUUUCAUGUAAAGUGUGAAGUCCUGAAAAGGUAUUAAAACAGAUGCUUCUUUCAAAUAUAAAUAGACCAUUUUCACUUCACUGCAAGAUCCCAUUUUGAGUGAAAUCAAAUAUAAAAACAGGACAAACAAAGGUUGUGGUGGCACAAGAUUCAACAAAUGCAAAAAGUAUAUUUUGGCUAUUUCCACACUUAAUAAUAUGCUCUACACAUUUGAUGAUUGUCAAUUUUGAUGAAGUAAAAGUAUCUCAACACCAUAUUUCUCUCGAGAUGCUGAAUUGUUCGUGUUACAAACAUUGAGUUACGCAAACAUCGCCCAUAUUUCAGAAACCAUGCCCACUUUUGCGAAACCACACCCAAAUUGUAACUAACUUAACCGUUGACCGAGCUUCGAAUUACGGGAAAUGUACGUUAAACAAAGUUGUUUAUCGAACAAGUUGCAAUUUGGGGUUCGUUUCGCAAAAAGUAGGCCUGGUUUCUAAAAUAUGGGCGUGGUCAUUUUUGUAACUGUUUUCGAAACUCAACAUUCGUAACUAGAUUUUCGUAAGUCGAACAAUUCAGUAUCUCAUUCCUCUUUGAAUUAUCAGCAUUUUGCCACCGAGCUAUAAAAGAAAUUAAGUUUAAAAUCAAAUUGUUCAAUUUUCGUAGAUGACAUUCAAGCCUCUCAUUUCACACAUUACACGAGAUCGCGCAGUGAACGAAUAUCAGAUGCGUGAUGUGUUUUGCAAUUUCGGAGGGCGUAUUCUUUUGUAAGUUUCAUCUGGUCACCGCUGUAGUUUUCAUACAACUCUAAAUUGCAUUUAUAUCCUCCUUAGUAUGUAGAAUUCAAAUAACACUUUUGAAAGUUUUUAUGUUUUAUUUAUUUCACUAAAUAAAUAUAGAAGUUUCCAUUAAUUUUUUUAGCAGUAUUAGAUGCACUUUACCAUUUACCAUUUCAUUCCCAUUUUUACCAUUUCUGCAUUCUUGCAUGGUAAUUUUUUAACUGAACUCUAACAGAUGCGUGUGUGUCUCCCUGCUUAGAGGCUCGAAGAGUACACAAAACCUCAUCAGUUGCAGACAUAAGCCAACAAGAGUUGUGAAAGGAUUGAGCAUAUUAAAAUUGAUUUGGUUUUCAAUCUGUCUUAUUGAUUAUUUUGUGAAUUAAUCAAUGAUCAAUUUUGUAGUUUACGUACAGUGCUGCUAUUGACGUUUUUUCUCAGUGUGAAUGAAUAUUUUUAUAUCCUUGUAAAUCUUUAAACAUGCUCUUUCUCCACUUUUAAUUAACUGAUUGUAAAUUUUUGAGUGUCACAACAUUUUAGGUAUGUCAGUAAUCUGUUUUCAUCAUAGUUCAUAGCAAAUUGUAAUACAAUCACUAAAAUGCAUUAUCUUCCAAAUACCAAACAUUGCGAGUUAUAAUUGUAUGUGUGCUUUGAAGUAUUAUCUGGAAACUUCACUGGAGCUGGUGAACUUUUCGGAAACUAAUUUUGAAUGUUCCUGACAUACCAGUAAUUGAAAUUUAGUGUCGCACUCCAAUUUGUAUGCUGUGUAAAAUCCCAUCCAGAAAGAUCAUUAGCAUCAGCUUCAUUUUGUUGGGUGUGAUUACUCUGUUACAACACAAUUUCAACAUUUUGAAAUCUAUUACAAAGUCUAGUGUGGUUAGGACUGCAUUAAUAUAAUUUAUUCAACAAGUUUUAAACAUAAAACUGGAGUAUGUUUGCAGUA